CCAGGUCACAGUGUUCCUUAUCCUGCAGAGAUUUUGCUCUGGAGGGGACAGAUCGCAGUGACACAGCUACCUACUGAAUGUGCAUCACAUUAUUGUAACAUGACAGGUGCAGCUUCUCCUAUUAAUGGGACUCUCUGCUACUGUUUGUAACAUCUGAUUACUGGUGACAUUACACUUGCUUUUUCUCCCUGAACAAAGGGUGAUCGAGGCUGUGCCACCCUGCCUGCAGCUCACUCAACACACUGACAGAAUAGAUGCAUGUUUUCAGAGGACUGGGAUGGAUGGUUUGAUCCUGGGGGCUGGUGACACUGAAGUCUCGGUGAAAUGUCUUUGACUGGCAAUACAGGCCAGUCCUCUCCGUCAGCAACAGCACAACCUCUAUCUUUCAACAGCUCCACCUCUCAGCAUCACCCACCAUGGGAGGAGGACAGAACCAGUCAUGAGUCUGUACAGGAGUGGCUGGGGAAUAAUACCCAGCGCCUCUCUGACCUCUCUGCUCUUGGGCAUGAUGAUCAGUGCUAUAUGUCUCCUGUGCUCACAGCAUGUCUGCUAGUGUGGUACAGCAUUACAAUGGUGCUGGGGCUGGUGGGGAACAUUGGCCUCAUUUGCAUCAUCACCCAUUGCAGAGAAAAAGUCAAUGUCACCAGCAUUUUCAUAUGCAACCUGUCAUUCUCUGACGUUCUGGUGUGUGUGUUCUGCCUGCCCUUCACCGUCAUAUACACAGUAAUGGACCACUGGGUGUUUGGGUCACUGUUAUGCCGGCUGGUGCCGUUCAUUCAGUGUGUGUCUGUGACUGUGUCAGUACUGUCUCUGGUGUUCAUAGCCCUGGAGAGGCAUCAGCUCAUCAUUAACCCCUCUGGAUGGAAACCGAGCAUUCCUCAGGCCUACAUGGCAGUCGUUGUCAUUUGGAUUCUGGCCUGCUUCACCUCCUCACCUUUCUUGGCCUUUCAGCUACUCACAAAUGAGCCCUACACCAAUGUAAUGCUGCCACAGAUUCCAGUCCAUCACCAAGCCUCUCCUCAAGCUUAUCUCAAUGCAUCUCCAUCUCUACCUGCAUACCACACGUCCAAAAACUCAUCUGUGAUCUCAAAUUCAUACCGCACCCUUUUUUAUGUCCCUAUCUCUCCACAUAUGGAAGCCUGUUUGGAGCACUGGCCAUCCCAGCAGCACAGGCUUGCCUACACCACAUGGCUCCUGCUGUUCCAGUACUGUGGUCCAUUAUUGUUGGUCCUGCUAUGUUAUGUUAGAGUUUUUGUGCGCCUUCGCCAACGCAAGGACAUGCUGGACCGUGCCAGAACCCCAGAGAGACAGUGCAUGACCCACAGCCGCCGAAUCAACAUCAUGCUGGUUGCCCUCAUAACAGCUUUUGCUCUUUGCUGGCUGCCUCUCACCAUCUUCAACGUGGUGUCAGACUGGAACCAGGAGGCUCUGCCUGUCUGUCACCACAACCUCCUAUUCUCCCUUUGCCACUUGCUAGCCAUGUCCUCCACCUGCAUCAACCCCAUCAUCUACGGCUUCCUCAACUCCAACUUUCGGCAGGAGGUGAGACAGGUGCUCCUGCGCUUCUGCUGCUGCCCACAAGAAGAAGAGAGUGAGCGUUUCCCCAUGUCCACUGUGCAUAUGGAAGUGUCCCGCACGUCUGUGCCUCUCAACUGCCGGAGCAACUCUGUCUGACUCUGUUGUUAUAACCUGAAGGAUUCUGCUAUAGUAGGAUGCAGGAAUAACUUAUACCAUUUGUUCUAACUUUAAUGACAGUACAAAGUUCAGUAUAGUACAGUGUUUUAAAGUGCAACAUUUUUUCAGUGGUUUGAAGUGAAGUGUGCAGUGCACUAUUGGUUUUUCUUAUUUUGCAAUAUGUAUUUAUUAAUUAUAAAAAUGCUUUUGUAAAAAAGUUUAGUUAAAAAAAGUUAUUUUAAAUGAAUCUGUUACUGUAUCCCAGUUCCUUGCUUCAUACAUUUUAAACAGUAUAUAGUAUACACAUUAAUACAGAAUACCGCUUUGCAGUUAGCAUAAAAGAAAUCAAUAUAUGUGCCCACUUUUUUGCCAGUUAAAAUGUGACUUCAUUUUAACUUCACAAAAACAAAGCAAAAUGUUUUUCCAAAUAUGCAUUUUUAUUUUACACACCUGUGAUUUUCCCACUGUGACAUUUCAACAUGCCUGCUGUUGCCUAUUGAUUGAUGAAAACAAAAGACAGAGCUCAGUUAGACAGCACACCCAACCAUCAUCACAGCACCAAAAGAGGGAAUGCCUUUGGAAUAAGGUACAUCAUUGCAGUUAGAGACUUGUAACAAUGAGCACUGAAGCUGUGGGUUUUUCAUUUCAUUUGACAUGGAACUGUACAGUAGGUUGUACUGUAAAGUAACACUUUUGUGCAUUUUGUGAUACAAUAGCUGCAUGUCAAAAAUCAUUUCUUUUAUGAGCAGACUGCCACCAUUGUAUUUCUUACAUUUUAUUAGCCAGUUACUUUUGGCAUUUGUGCUGUGGAAUCAGAAUGUGAGCUUGGUGAAGACAACUACAACGUCUAUUGUGUUUGCUGAUAUAUGUGACUUACAGAGGUAAGAUCUGGCCAUUUAUAACACUGUUAAAGUAUAACUUGAGCAAGGUUGAAUAAAUGAAUGAUGUGAAA